CAAGGAGCGAAGAUGUUUUCCGGUUCGGGACAAUAUGCAGCGAUGUGAUUAAGCAAACAAUCGAUGUCAAAGUGAAAGACCCUAUUAAUUUAACCCCACUAAACAAUGUCAUCGCCCAUUGCGUUUCCACCGAGCCAUCCCAACGCCCAACGUGCCAGACUAUUCUUACUGUUUUUCGCAAACUGCCAAAACUACCGAAAAACGUCGUGUCACACAUGCUCUCGCUGUUGGAUCGACAAGCGCACGAUCUAGAGGAAAAGGUCAAAAUCAAGACUGCUGACUUAUUGGAUGAGAUGCGCAAAUCCGAUUCGCUUCUUGCCGAAAUUCUUCCGCAGUCGAUUAUUCAGCGUUUACGAAAUAAAGAACCAAUCACCGCGGAAUCAUUCAGCAGUGUGUCCAUUCUGUUCAGUGAUAUUCCGGCUUUUGCCAUACUUCUGCAACGCUGCACUCCCAUUGAGUUGAUAAGUAUCCUGAAUGAUACCCAUUCAGAAUUCGACGGCGUCGUCCACGAUUUCAACGCAUAUAAAGUGGAAACCAUAGGCGACUGUUAUAUGAUCUCCAGUGGUGUCCCAUUGCCAAAUGAUGACCACGCCGGAGAGCUUUGUCAGCUGAGUUUGGCAUUGUUGGAAGCCCCGCUGACUUUUCAAGCAGCUCAUGAUAUUGUUUUAACCGCACGAAUCGGGAUCAACUCAGGUCCUAUUGUUGCCGGAGUGAUCGGUACAAAGUCUCCUCGAUACUGUCUAUUUGGGGAUACGAUAAAUACGGCCAGCAGGAUGGAAUCAACCGGGACCGCUGGUAAAAUUCAUAUCAGCCCGGAAACAUACAAACUGGUUUCCCGAGACCAUGCACUAAAAUUUGUGGAUCGAGGCGAAAUACUUGUGAAGGGCAAAGGCGUGAUUAAUACUUAUUGGCUCGAAGCAGUCCCUGAAAACCAGAGAAACGUGCCCAUAAUUAAAUUAAUUUUGGCCUAUUACCGAUUUAUCGGCAAAGUCUCCUGA